UUGCCAAUUAUACACCAUACCAAUAACCUAACAAGCCACAAUGUUCGUCUUCGUACUCCUAAUGCUACCGCUAUGCGGAAUGGCUCUUGUACAGGAGAGGUACGCCCGUGUCUCCGUCAUCCGACUGAAGAGGCAGACAGCAAGCUGCGAUCAGAUGUAUGGACCCGGUGCAGAGCCGUGCGGCGGUGAAGGAAGUAACUAUUGCUUCAACCCUACUGUUGGCCAAUCGUGCUGCGCAAUAGACAGGGGAUUUUGCGACACUGGAAAGUAUUGCGCGCCUGUUGCUGGCUUUUGUUGCCUCGAGGGGGAGGACUUGGCGACUUGCGCACAAAACGCCGGCUUUACUCUUCCCAGCAAUUCAACUACACCACCCACAACUGAUCGUGUACCGGCUGAUGUGACUUCAAUGGCUGGCCCUACGGUGACGGUAGUCCCCUUUCUUGAUGCAACAUCAACACCAAUGCCAACGCCAUCUUUGGAUGAUAUGCAAAACAGACCAACGCCAUCGUCAGAUAAUAUGCAAAAUAGCACAUGCUCAUUCACAAUACCCUCGCCCAAUUCGACGACAUCGAGACCCACCACCAUUUCGAACAUAAAUACGAAGACCAAUACGACCGUACCAUCUGUAGUAGAGGUGUCUUUCGGAAGGAAACGAGUUAACCCUGUAUCUAGGCGGAUGUUAAUUGUGGGAAUAGUCUGCAUUUUGACCAUGUUCGUCUGAGACGAUUCUGGGGUGUCGAUGAUCGUUGGCAGGAGUGAAUCCUGUCGUGACUGGAUGAAGGACCCGGGGUCAAAAGCAAAGCAAGCCCAUAUAUGGUUGAAGGGCUUGUACCGUUGUGUAGAUAACUGGGCACUAUUUGCUAAGAUCCGUCGAAGGACUACUUUUAAUACGCUGGGCAGCCUUCUUUGGCGCGCUGAAAGGCGCCGGAGAAGAACUCUUGCAUAGCAACAUAAUGAUAGAGAAUUCCACCAAGUACAGCAAGCU